CCGUUCCGUAAGAAAGUGAAGUAAUAAAAUCCGCCAUUGUGCUUGUUUGUAAGUUUGCUUGCCAGUUUUUAAUACCUAGUGUUUUUUUCGAUUAUUCAAAUGGACCAAGCCAAUAUGACUGUAAUACCUGGUCCUAUGCAUCCACCAAAUGUUGGUAAUGUAAGACGCGGAAGAAAUAAUAGACACGGGACUCUUCAUGGAAGCCAAAGUGAACGGUUGUCUUUGGGAGAGGAAGCUAAAUUGGAAAUGGCGUCCAUGCCCUUAAAAACGCCCGUGUCCGUAUUGCAAGAGCUCCUGAGUAGACGUGGCAUCACCCCAAAGUACGAACUAGUACAAAUCGAAGGGGCUAUCCACGAACCCAUUUUCCGCUAUAGGGUUUUGAUCAACCCGGAUUUAUUAGCGACCGGGACAGGUCGCUCUAAGAAAGACGCCAAGCACGCGGCAGCAAAGAACUUGCUUGAUUUGCUUGUUGGCAAGCAAACUCCUGAACAGGCCAAUCAAACCAAUGGCACACCUGGAGCUACUGAUAUAACGAGCCAAGUCGUCUCUCCCUAUGACGACAAGGUCAUGGGUAACCCAAUCGGGUGGCUCCAGGAGAUGUGCAUGUCACGCCGUUGGGCCCCACCGGCCUACAAUAUGGAGCACGAGGAAGGUUUACCCCACGAACGCCAAUUCACUAUCGCCUGCAUUGUGAUGUCUUUCCGCGAAGUGGGCACCGGCAAAUCGAAGAAGCUGGCCAAACGCAUGGCUGCCCACAAGAUGUGGCAGACCCUACAGGACCUUCCUUUGGACGCUUUCGAUAUCGACGACGAUCUGUCUUCAAAGUUAAACAACAUACAGAGCCGGUACACGGGAUUAAAAGACAGUAAAAUUACCAAGUUGGGCACUCCGCUGUCUCAUAAGGUGUCCCAAUUCCACAAGACACUCAAAAAUGCACCAGGGAAAAAAUUGAUGGAACUGCAGAAUUCAUACCAAACGGUGCUUUUAACCGACACCCUUGCCAUAAACGUGAAAGACUUCAGUUUCAUUCAAUACCUCCAGGACAUAGCCACCGAACAGUCUUUCGAAGUGACCUACGUGGAGAUCGAGGAGAAAACGUUAAGCGGAAAAGUCGGACAGCCUUUGUGUUUAAUGUUAAAGCAGUGUCCCUUAAUCGAUGAAUUGUGCAUGCACGAUAUAAAACCGACGAGCGGUUUCGCUUUAGAACUGAACCAUGUGGAUACAAACUGCAAGGCGACUGCAUUUACUGGCAGGGAAAAUUUAAAUCAGGCCUUAGAGCACUCUAAAAUUGUUGUAAUUGCGGCGUCUGCACCAGAAGUAGAUUUGCUGCCUUUCGACAAGAUGUGGUUACCCAACGCCCAGCUAGUGAAAGAUAUUGUUACCCAGGUGGCCAAGAGCUGUCCAAGGGCAUUUUUGGCCAUAGCGACAAAUCCGAUCAACAGCUUAGUUCCGAUGGCCUGUGAAAUUCUCAAGAAGGGUGGUUCAUACAAUCCUAAAAUGGUGUUUGGUGUUACCACCCUGGAUACAGUGCGUGCCAAUACAUUUGUAGCUCAAGUCUUGGGUCUUGAACCGGAAUGUGUAAUGGUUCCAGUUGUAGGAGGACAUACAGAGGAUACGAUCAUUCCUGUGCUGUCCAAAGCUAAACCCUGCGCUGAAUUCACAAACGAGGAACUUGAAAACAUAACCAUGAACAUAAGAAAAGCUCACGAGAAUAUCCUGAAACUGAAGCCCCCCGAAACCGCGCCCCUAUCCAGUGCCUUCUCAGUCGCCAGAUUCGUAAUAUCCCUUAUAAAAGCCAUCCGCGGCUAUCCCGAAAUAAUAGAAGCAGCUUACGUCUUCUCUAGUUCUCACCCGCAGCUAAAAUAUUUGUCUACUCCUCUUCUACUAGGUCCUAACGGUAUUGUGAAGGACCUAGGGCUACCCAAACUUAGCGAUUUUGAGUCUUGCAUGUUCGAUAACGCCAUACCGACAUUGAUUAGUGACAUAAAGAGGGGAGAGAAAUUCGUAGGGGUAACUGAUCCUCCACCGUGUAAUCCCUGCGAUUCCAAUCCUAAUGCUCCGAGAUGUCCUGUGGAUUGGUGUUAA